AUGCCUCACCCCGAGAACCAGCAUCCGAUCUGUUUCGAGUCGCGGCUGCCGCUGCAGUGGGCGGUUGAGGGGCCGCAGGUGCUGCAGCGGUGGGUAGAGCUGCCCGAGGAGGGGGAGCACGGAUCGCCGGCGCAAGCCGACGCUGACGGUAACUGGAGGCUUGAAGUUGUCCACCCACCCGAGGAGACCGGAGGUGGCGUCCUCGGCCGCAUCGCCGGACACAGGAGGUAA